AUGUGGAGAGCAGUCGUGGGACACAACAUGUCAGUGAAGGUUGAAUCCCAGGGAGACGACUGGGACACUGACCCUGAUUUUGUGAACGACAUCUCGGAGAAGGAGCAGAGAUGGGGAGCCAAAACCAUUGAGGGCUCUGGCCGCGCUGAGCACAUCGACAUCCACCAGCUGAGAAGCAAGGUGUCAGAAGAACAUGAGGUCAUCAAGAAGAAGGAGCUGGAAACUGGCCCCAAGGCAUCCUAUGGCUAUGGAGGCAAAUUUGGGACAGAACAGGACCGAAUGGACAAGUGUGCAGUCGGCCAUGAGUAUGUUGCUGAUGUUGGGAAGCAUUCCUCGCAGACGGAUGCAGCCCAGGGAUUUGGAGGAAAGUAUGGAGUCCAGCGUGACCGAGCCGACAAGUCAGCACUGGGGUUUGAAUACAAGAGUGAGGUGGAGAAGCACUCAUCCCAGAAAGACUACUCCAAGGGCUUUGGUGGCCGUUACGGUGUGGAAAGGGACAAAGUGGACAAAACUGCAGUGGGGUUUGACUACAAGAGCCAGACAGAGAAGCAUGACUCUCAGAAAGACUAUUCUAUGGGCUUUGGUGGGAAAUUUGGAGUCCAGCGGGAUCGUCAGGACAAGAGUGCACUUGGCUGGGAGCACCAGGAGGAUGUGCAGCCCCAUGCCUCCCAAACAGACUACGCCAAAGGGUUUGGAGGCCGUUACGGGGUCCAGAAGGACAGAGUGGAUAAGAGUGCCGCUGGAUUUAAUGAAAUGGCAGCUCCAGCCUCCUCAUAUGAGAAGACAAGACCAGUGGAGGCAGCUUCUAGUGGCACCAGCAACCUGCGGUCACGGUUUGAAAACAUGGCUAAGUUGGCGGAUGAGGAGAGCAGGAGGCUGGUGGAAGAGGAGAAGAUGAGGCGGCAGGCUCGAGAGCGCCAGGUGAUUCAGCAGCAGCAGAAAAUCCAACAGAGAGAGGGCAAGGACCACACAGAGGCAGCCCCUAUUGCCAUUCCAGCAAAGGUCCCUGAGAGAGCUGACAGAGAUGGAAAUGUGUCACGAGGAGAGCAGAACACAAGAAUGGAGCAGGAAGAGGAAAUGCCGCCCACAUUGCCACCAAGGCCAGCAGGUCUGGGUGAGGAGCUGAGCAAGUCCCCCAGCCAAGAUCAGCCUAUCUACAGUUUGAGUUUGGAUGGUGGGGACUAUGAGGAGCUGCCAGAGUCCUCUGACUACUGUGACAGUACCAGCAUGGGUGCUGACUAUGAGGAGCUGCCAGAGCCUUUAGGAAAGUCAGCUGCCACCUAUGACCACAGUGAGGAUGCAGGCGAGGACUAUGAGGAGGUCCUCGCUGAGGAGCCCAGUCAGAGCCAGCCCUGCCCAGGGAAUAUAGACUGCGUUUAUGAAGUGGAGAGCCCCGGGACAUGUGCAGUAGCUCUCUACGAUUAUCAAGGAGAUGGUGAUGAUGAGAUUUCUUUUGAUCCUGAUGACACAAUCACACACAUCGAAAUGGUAGAUGAAGGCUGGUGGCGGGGACAAUGCCGGGGCAAAAUAGGCCUCUUUCCAGCCAAUUAUGUGAAGCUUCUGCAAUGAGACCAACAUUGCCUGAGCAGCCUCCUUUCAAACUUCUGCUCCCCUCUGCUUCAUCCUUUUGCAUGUUAUUAGCCAAGUUCGGCUUAU